AGUUACUCUGUCCAACAGAGGCAGAGCAGUUUCUCUGGAACAGUAAGCAAGAGCCUGACAGAGCAGCCAGCCCAGCACUCAGCAUGGACACUAACUGUCAAUCCAACAGCCAGCAGACUCUCUGGAAAGAUGUUGAAACUGCGAAGGAAAAGCAGAGUAGAUACCGCAGGUUCCAGCUGGGGGCGCUGAUCGGGGCUCUUGUGAUUCUUUCCCUGGUUCUCAGUAUAUUCAGUGUGCGGCACUUCUGGAUGCAGCGCACUGGCAAGGUGUAUGACCUGCAGUACAAGGUGCUGAUCGAUGGAGAAGAGAGAGACAGUUUAAUGGAGAUCGACUCUGCGAACAGGAUCGAGGUCUUCCGCACUGGGAAUGGCAGUGAAGAGGUUUUGGAGAUCCACGACUUCAAGAACGGAAUAACUGGAAUCCGCUUUGCCAAACAUCAGAAAUGUUACAUCAGGACCCAAACCAAAGAACUUCCCAACAUCACAGAACUGGAGAGUGGAGAUGCUGUGGGGCUGGAGGAGGAUAUCACAGCAACCGAGUUUGAGGACUCUCAAGUGUGGGUGCCAGCUGAGGAACCUAUUGAGAACCGUGCCUUCCUGCUGGACUCGAAAAUCUUUGAAGUCUGUGAAACCCUGCCUAUUCACUGGAUCCACCCAUCAUCCCUCAAAGAUGCAGAGUUCCAUGACAUUGAAGAUGUAGAGCUAUCUAAGGAUGAUGAGGCUCGUGAGGAUUCUUCCCUACUCGCCAAACCAAAAGGAAACCGCAAGGCCCGAGACAUUAAUGACCACCUCCCUGUCAACGACUAUAGGGAGAAUGAAGUGGAGCUGGACGACAGACUGGACGAAAGGGGGAUCUGCUGCCAGUACUGUCGCCGUGGUUACCGCUUCUGCCAGCGCUACUUCGAACCUCUUCGUGGUUACAUGCCGUACCCUUACUACUACCAGGGGGGCAGAGUGAUCUGCCGAAUCGUCAUGCCGUGCAACUGGUGGAUAGCCCGGAUGCUCGGGAGAGUGUAGAAACUGUUUACUGGAUCUGCAUUCCAUACUGUACUGCACCUGUAUGGACCUGAGGCAUUGUUUUACCCAUUUUCUUUUAAUUUCUUUUUAAUCUUUUAGUGGGCAGCUUUUUCUGUUUUUGAAAUACCAUCUAAUGUUUAUUAAAUUCAUGUUCGUUUUUCACUUAUUCUAUGCUGUUUUAAUACCUUUUCAAAUGUAUUGGUUUUUCAGCUUGUUACAACUGUACUCUGUCUUGUAACAUUACAUAUUUUAACAUAACCUAAUAACCUUAAUGAACCUCAAUGAAAGAAAUCUCACUCCCAUAGAAUAAGCAUGGGAAGCUUUAGUGUGGGCUAUUAAACUAGCUUGUAAAUAACAUUUUAGUAUACAUAACUUCAUAACACAGGCACAUUAAUUGCACAUAUUUACACAGUGCUUACCAUUAACUGAUAUUCACUUCAUGCACUACAAUUCUGUAAUUGUGAGGAUGGGACCCCUCCUCAGAUAUCACACUUGUCAUUGAGAGGUGGGACUGGAACAGCUUCAGCACAGCUGUAGUUUAGGAUUCUUAUACAUUUAGCUGUCUUCUCCUUAGAGAAACGCAAACCCUAACUAAAGUCCACAACACUGCUUUUCAAUUUACCCACUGGUACUCGAAAUCGCAGCUUUUAUUUUUUACAAUAAAUGAGAAUUAGCCUUAAAUUACUUUUCUGUACAUAUGUAUGCAUGCUUAUUGUUACAAUACAAUGUACUUAAUCUUGUGUAGACUGGGGAAUUACCACUGCUUGAUUGCAUUCAGACUUAUUCUAUCAAAUAUGUUGCUGUACCCACGUCUCCUGCUCUAACAGUAAUGCUAUGGAACAGAAGCCCUGCAGAAGACAGAAUAACUUUAACAAAUCUGCUAGUCUACAGAAAUAUGACCAUUUUCAGCAGAUGUGCUGCUUCAGUUCUUGCUUGUCAGCCAGAGGGUCCAAGGUUCAGGUCUCCUCUACAAAUUAUGAGUGGUAACUGGGAUUGCAGGCAUUCAUUUCAGCAAUGUACAUUAUACCGAAAACCACAGUAGUUCUUUCAGGUCAAAAGCUCCACUUUCUUGUUAUGUUUUGUGAUAGGGUGUUGGUUUUAAGCUGGAGACAAUCUGGGUCAAUUCAGUUGAUCAAAACAGUGACAGAUUAAAUGCUAUCUCCAUUUAGAUCAUCAUGCACCAAGAAUAUGUAAACCAAAAUCUCUAACUCAUUUCAUUGUAAGAUUAGAACUAUCUCCACUAAACUGCCUGUGACAAAGCUUUUGAAAUUGUUGCUGAAGCACGACUCACUGAACCCCAGUCUAUUAAACACAGUUUGCGAUGUCUGGUAUAAAACAAUACUGUUAUAUAAACCCGAGUUAUAAUAUUUGUUCUAAAUAUGAUAUGUGAAAAUAUAUGUAUGCUUCAAUAAAAUACAGGUUUAAAAGCA